UCGAAUCAGAAUUCAUUCCGUCCACAGAACAGUCAACAUGCGAAUCGCAAUCAUUUCAGUGGGCGUAUUCGCCAUCCUAUUCCACGAAUGUCUUGGUGCAAUAUCGGAAUCAGAAACGAAAAAAAUCAUAGAUGAAUUCCAAGAUGUGAAAGAUCUCAGCCCUAUCAGUCGGAAGAAGAAGUCCACAACAACCUCGUUUUGUGUAGAAAUCCGGCCAAGCGGACUUUCCCAACAUCCAUUCAAGGUGUGUGAACCUACAUAUGAGACCGUUCCCGGUGCAUCAAGCUACAGUGCCCCUGCUCCAGCUUAUCCACAGCCAGCUUAUCCAACUCAACCUUACGAUGCCACUUCUUAUCCAACCAAACCUGAGUAUGCACCAUCGAAACCAGCAGCCCCAUAUGCCACGCCUGCUAAACCCACCUAUACGGCAGCUGCCCCCGCAUAUCCAACCAAGGCACCAUCCUAUAAUGCACCUGCCACCAAGGGGUAUACCUCGCCUCAUGCAGCUUAUAGCUCUUACCGCGCAGGAGAUGGAGAUUCUGGGAAACAUGGAGGAACUCACGAUCAUCAGAUUCACACAGAUACCGAUGAUCACAAAAACGACGAAAUAUUGAAGGCGGAAAACGAAGAAAUGGAAACAAUGAGGAAUGCAGAUGAAGAUGCCAUGAUGAACACAGUCGAAAUCGACGAGGGAAAUAUGGCAAGAUUCAGCGAAGAUGAAAGUGAUGAAAUGGAAGAUCAUAUGAGAUCUGCCUACGAUGGUGGAUACGGAGGUGGUUACGGAAUGCCACCAUCAUAUAUGCCUGCACCAAAAGGAAAGAAAUUGAAGAAGGGAGGACAUGGUGGUCUCGUCAUAACAUGCCAACCCAAUCUUGCCGGAUAUGCCCCAUCAUCCCCGCAUUACGGAUCUAAUGGAGGAUUCGGAAAUAGCUAUGGUCACUAUAGAGCAUCAGCCAGAGCCUACGGAUAUCCUAGACCAUACGGAUAUAACACAGCCAGCUACAAGGUCCCUUCUUACCCUCCAGUGUACUCAACGCCAGCCUACCCCACUCCAGUGUAUAAGGCUCCAGCUUAUACUCCACCAGCUUACGCACCACCUGCAUAUAAGGCUCCAGCAUAUAAACCUUCGUACCCAUCGUCAUAUCCGGCUCCUGUUUACAAGGCUCAAGAUUAUUCGGCCCCUCCAUCUGUACCAUAUUCUCAACCAGCUUACAAGGUCCCAAACUAUUCUCCAGCUUACAAGACAAUGACUUAUGAUAUUCCAAAGUACCAACCUUCGUUAUCUUAUAAAGCACCAGCGCCUGUAUAUACACAACCUGAAUAUUCAAGUGCACCACAAUAUAAAGCUCCAGUAAAUCAAUAUCAGCAGCAAACCUACAAACAACCAGCACCAACUUAUUCCGCUCCAGCUCAAGCUCCAGCUUAUAAACCUUCAUCACCAGCAUAUGGACCUCCAGUAUAUAAACCAGCUACAGGAUCAUCCCCAGCUUACAAACAACCCCAACCAGUUUACAAUGCACCAGCUCCUGCACCUGCCCCUAUGUACAAGGCUCCAGCUCCUACGUAUACCCCUCAAGCUCAAUCAUAUCCGGCACCAGCUCCCUCUUACCAGCCUCCUGUCGCCGCAUACCCUUCACCAGCUCCUGCAUACCCCUCACCAGCUCCUGCAUACCCCUCACCAGCUCCUGCCUACCCGGCGCCGGCGGUUCCGUCAUAUCCAGCUCAAUCUCCUGUUCCUGCUUACAAACCCCCAUCUACAAUGUAUAAUGCACCAUCUCCUUCAUAUGCAGCACCUACCGCUGCCUCUGACUCCAAUCUUUAUAAGGCCCCAGUACCAGCCUCAGCUUCCUACAAACCAGCCACAUCAAUGUACAAACAUCCAGAACCUUCAUAUCCUGCUCCUGAACAGUCCUACUCUGCUCCUUCUGCAUAUAAAGAACCUAGUUAUCCCGCUCCUAAUUAUAGUACUCCACCGAAGUAUAAUCCCCCACCAACAUAUAGAGAAUCCGAAGGAGACUCCGACAAAACUGAUGAAAAGAUGUCGAACGAUGUUAAGGAGAGUCACACUAUGAUGAAGAUGUCAGAUUUGGAAAAAGAGAGGGCUGGAUCGAAAUGGAAUUCUAGGGCCGAUGACCACAAAGAUAACGAAGAUGGGAUAGAAAUGAAGUCCAAAGCGAGAGCAAAGAGUGAAGAUAUGAGUGCAUCAACUGAUCCUACGGUAGUGUCUAGUUCUUGGAAUGCAUCUGAGGGUAAUGGUAAUUGGGAAAGCAGGAGAGCGAACGAAGGGGAGGAAACAAUGGAACGUAGUGAAAAUGAAUCUAAAUGAUAUUUUUGACUUGUAACUUGUUAUCAUGAAAGAUUUUUUUAUAUUGAAAUUUUGUACUUUUAUAAAUGAAUAAAAUUGUUUGAAACUAUAUGAAAUUGAA